CUCCCGCGGCAGGUGUGCGCUGCCAGGUGAGCGCAGGGAGCCGAGGUGUGGGCACAGGUGCACACACGUACGCGCACCAUGACCGUCUCCCGCUGUCCUACCGGCGCCUCCUCCCCCACCGCGGAGACUGUCUCCUAGACUCGGUGGCCAGGUGUGCUGGUCAGCCGGCAGGUGGCCAGCCAGCCACUGCAGGGCACGCCGAGGGCCAGGCUGACUCAGCGCCCUCUGUUCACCGCCCUGCGGCAUCUCUGCUGGUGGAGAGGCGCCGCCACACACCUUGCUUCGCCGCACCGCGCCGCCUCGUGCCUCGCGCCACGCGGCCUGAAGCCUCACCAUGAAGAAGAGCAAGCUGUUCAGCCGCCUGCUGCGGGGCGGCUCCGGGGGCAGCACCAAGGGCGCCUCCUCUGGCCCCGAGCUGGGUGAGGCUGGCGUGGCGCCCAAUCCUGUGGUGGCGCGCUCCACCACAGGGCGCCGCCGAGAGACAGUGGCCGUGAGCACUCCUGCGGGGGGCGGCACCUCCCCGAGGGAGUUGUACAAGCAGCAGCAGCAGCAGCAGCAGCAGCAGCAGCAGCAGAAGGCGGGCGUGGAGCGGUCCUCCUCCUGGAAGUACACCCACGAUCACACGCCAGACUCCUUCAGCAUCAACAGCUCGCCCUCCAUCCUGGACGGCCGCGGCUCGGCGGGGCUGCAGGGCCGCUCUGAGGAGGCGCCGCAGACCAUCGAGAAGAGCCAGAGCUGGAGCGGCGACCGCCUGCUGGACUGCGCCACGGACUCCGGCUCCAGCCGCGGCGGCACCAACAACAGCAGCCGCGCGGGCAGCGGCAGCCGCGCCGGCAGUCGCACCGGCACCAGCAGCAGGUCUUCCCGGGAGCGGCCCGCGGCAGGCGGAGGUGGUGGUGGUGGUGGUGGUAGUGGUGGGGGUCCCUCCAGCCUGCCCACCAGCAGCCGCACCGGGAGCCGCACUGGGAGCCGCACCGGUAGCCGCACCGGCAGCCGCGCCGAGAGCCGGGCCGGCAGCGACCACGGCGACUCCACGCCCAGCAGCAUGUACGACCAGCCCGUGGACCAGUCGCCGCGCCCCUCCUCGCAGACCGACGCCGACGGCUACGAGAACGUGGACCUACCCUCGCCGCAGCGGGACAGCGGCGACGGCAGCAGCAGCGAGCAGGGCAGCUCGGCGCGCCAGAUGGGCUCCCGCCUCAGCGUGCGCAGCGGCGGCAGGCGGUCCCGGCGCCCCAGCCCGCGGCGGCAGGGUAUCCUCAGCAAGAGUCCGCAGGAGUCCACGGAGAGUCGCGGCAGCCGCGGCAGCAGCGUGAAGAGCAGCGUGCCCAGCAUCGCCCUGGUCACCUCCAGCCCCGUGCCGCCUCCAAAGUCUGCUGUCAAUCGCUCGCCUUCAAGAAAAUCUCGUCGUUCCCCCAGCAGGUCCCCCAGCCGCCCCCCUAGCGGGCCGCCCAGCCGCUCCCCCAGCAGAUCUGACAGCAGCCGUAAGAGAGACAGCCGGCGGAGCAGCUGCUCCCCUAACCGAGGCCUGGAGGGCUCGCCGGUUCGCGCCCCCAGCAAGUCCCCGGUGCGGUCCGGCAGCCGCCCCGCCCCCGUUGACCCCUGGACACGCAUGGCGCCGCCCCAGGAAUCCGCGGCGCCGCACCGUAACGGUGAGGUGCACCACGCCCCCCACGCCAGCCACCGCAGCAUGUCCUAUGAGGAGGGGCGCCGCAGCCCGCAGCCGCCGCUGUGGAAGGCUAGGUCGUGGCAGCAAUACAGCGUGGGUCACAGCACGCCGCAGAGCGAGCGUGCGCGCCAGCUGGCCAAGAGCCAGUCGUGGCAGCAGCAGCAGUCCAUCGUACUGGGCCACUCUGUGGACGCAGGGCAGGCGCGCCCCCGCCACCACCACAUCACGCGGCAGGAGGCCGUGCAGCCCCACCCAUCAGCCGCCAUGGGUAAGAGCCGCUCGUGGCAGCAGAGCCACGAGGCGGAGCCCCUGCCCGGGCCCCUGCCACGCACCUACACUGUCUCAGAGCGGCGGGGGCGACGCUCCUCCAUCCGUCUAGCACCCCCCUCGCCCACACGCCCCAGCCCGCCCUCCUACUCCCAGUCCCCCGCCAGGUCCCCACUCUCUGCCCUGCCCACUCAGCACGCCUCUCCCAGCACACACACGCCCAUACACGACAUGCCAGCUCACUACCAACACCGCCAGCACGCGCCGCCCGUGCGUUCGCAGACCACAUACGGCACGCCUGGCCACGGCACGCCGCACCUCACAGAGUACGUGGAGCUGCGCAAGUACGAGGCCAUGGAGCGGCAGCAGCAGCAGCAGCAGGAGUACGUGGACCUGCGGCAGUACCGCGCCGAGCAGCUGCGCAGCCAACCUUCGCGGGACCCCGUGUGGCGCGAGCGCUACUACAUUCCUGCCACCUUUGCUCAGUUCAAACAGCUUCAGCAGCAGCAUAUGCAGCAGCAACAACAGCAACAGCAGCACCAGCAGCAACAGCUACACCAGCAGCAGAUACACCAACAGCAGUUAAAACAGCAGCAGCAGUAUCAGAAGCACCAGCAGCAGCUACAGCAGCAGCACCACCAGCAGCAGCUCCAGCAGCAGCUCCAGCAGCAGCAGGCACAGCAGCUGAUGCGGCAAAAGAGGCAGCGCACCCUGCAGCACCAGAAGUCCAUCAUGCCGCACGAGCAGGGCUCUCCGGGCCGCAUGGACGGCGAGUACGCCUCGCUGCAGGAGAUCCGCGACGCAGCGCGAGACAGCAAGGCCAGGCCGCGGCUUUCCACGGCGGCCUCGCAGGCCAGGCAGCAACAGCACCAGCAGCACCCGCAGGACCACCACGCGGGGCCCGUCAAGUCGUCCUCGUUGAUGACAUCCCAGGAGCUGCUCAACACACUGAAGCGGCAGCUGGCGCUCUCCUCGCCCACUCGCACCACGCGGAGCAAGAGUUUGGAGGCGGGGCGCGCGGCGGCGGCUGCCGGCAUUGACCUCGGGCCCGAGGAGACUGGCGGUGAGAGUGGCCCCGAGCAGGGCCUGGACACGCUCUCCCCAGCCCUGCUGGCCCUGGUGGCCGAGAAGAGGGCGCGGCUCAAGCGCUGCACCGGCGCCUUCUCAGGUAGCGGCGGGGGACGCGUGGCCGUGUUGCGCCAGGUCACCGCGCCACCAACGAGAUGUUCUUUGGUGGGGAUGACGAGUGACAGUGAGUGUGAGGACAAGAAGAGCUCGGCCUCCUCCACGGGCGCCACAGAGGGAGGCCGGGUGUUCUCCUCUGCCUCGCCACAAACCACCGCCGCUCUGGUCAGCUCCCACGACUACAACAUGGAGCAGAGCAACGUGGCCCUCCUGCGUGCUGAGCUCAAGAUUGUGACAACAGACCGGGACAUCAUGAAGAAGGAGCUGAAGAAGGUGAGCCGCGAGAGGGACGAGGCACUCAACAAGCUGGCAACGGUGCAGCACUCAGACCAGCCAGCAAACUAUGGAACUCUCAAGCAAGGAGACAAGAGCCAGGCUUCCUCCAGGGACUACGAGAAUCUCAAGAUGCAGUGUGAGAAGGCCAUGGCAGAGGUUCAGGGCCUUCUCAAACAAAACAUGGAGAUCACCAGGAAGUAUGAGAACACCCUGAAGGACGUUGACUACUACAGGAAGCAGGAGAGGGCGGCAUACACAGCCCUGCAGAACCUGAGGAUGCAAUAUGAGGAGGUGGUGGCCGAGAAACAGAAGUUAGAGCGAGAGGUCACCUCGCUGCAGACAAUAAUGGAAGAUGAUCGUAAAGAGAUCGCUGACCUUCGCCGGCAACAGCAGAAGGUUAGAUUCCCGCUCAAAAGACAGGAGACGGUGAUAGAGGCAAUCACACAAGAGGGGUCAGGAGAGGCGAUCAACCAGCUCUACAUGACCACAAUGCGCAAAUACGAAGCCAUCAAGGACGAAUAUGACUCAAUCAGAAAGAGAUACUCAGAUUUAGUGGCAUCACAUUCCAAUAACAUAUCCAAACUGGAGCUCACUCAGGACUUCCACAGCCAGGCCCCAAAUGGUCUCCCAGUGAUUUCCCCCUGCCAGAUAUCAGCGGAAGAAGUAUCACGCUUGAAGAAACAGUAUGAAGAAGUGAUGCGAGAGUGUAACGACGCAGUGAGGGAGAAGAAUUGCCUCAAACAGCAAUGCACAAAGGCCAUCACUGAGUGGGACUCCGCCCUCAGAGAGAAGAACAAACUACAAGAAGAUUUGCUUAAGGCCCGAGAGAAGAAUGACGAGAUGAUGAAGGAGAUGAACACUCACAUGAUACAGAAGCAACACCUCAGCAAGGAUCUCAAGAGGCUGCAGGAGGAGAGGAACGCAGCGAUGCAGGAGUACACACUGGUGAUGAGUGAGAGGGACACAGUGCACAAAGAAAUGGACAAACUGCAGGAGGAACUCUCUCAGGCCAGUAAGAAGAUUAAGAACAUUGAGCAGACCACCAACAACACAAACAAAGAGCGACAAUCACUUUUACUUCAAAUUGAGAUGCUGCAGAGGGAGAUUGCUGCCUCCCUGCACGACCGGGACAAGGCCAUCAAGGAGUGCAAUGACCUGCGGGAGAGAUACGGUGCUAACGGCGACACCAGCAAGGAGUGGGAGCGUUCAUAUAAAGACUACGACAGCUAUAAACAGGAGAGGGACAUCACCAUGAAGAGUGGGCCUGAUGUGGGUCCCUCCUCACACGACAUGUACACUAAGGCACAGAAGGAACGUCUGGACAACCUGGACCAAGCUAACCAAGAGAUAGACCGCCUUCGCAAGACCAUUGAGAAGUUACAGAGUGAAUUGCAAGAGGCACAACAGGAGGCAGAGGUGUCAAAGAGACGCCGCGACUGGGCCUUCAACGAGCGAGACAAAAUUGUGCAAGAAAGAGAAUCCAUCCGGGCACACUGUGACAAGCUGCGACGAGAACGAGACAGAAAGGUGUCGGAGCUGGCCGAAGCUCUGCGAGAUUCUGAUGAUAUGAAGAAACAGCGCAACGAGACCUCCAAGGAACUGAAGGAGCUGAAAGAGAGGCUGGAGGCGGAGCAGGAGAAGGUUGUGAGACAGCAGCUGCCGCACAACCACUCCCGAGACUCAGCCAUCGACACGGACCUACAGGAAUGGGAGAUAGAGACUCUGCACAUACCAGUGCAGAGCUCUGUGUCCGAGAACGAUGUUGGCUUUGUGAUCGCCGGCGGCCGCGACGACCCUCACUGCGGUAGCGGUGACGGUGCAGUGUACGUCACCAGCGUCACCAAGGACGGUCCUUUUGAGAGGAAGCUGAGAGUUCAUGACCAAAUAGUGAGAAUCAAUAGCAUGGACUGCUUGGGCCUGGACUGCGAGAGUAUCUACGCCGCGGUGAUUAACGGGGGCGGCUGGAUCCACAUGACAGUAAAGCGAAGGCGCAGUGGAGGCCGCAGCCUGCACACCGCCCACCUCCACUGCCCCCGCGCUGCCCACCACGGCCUCAUGCUGCACACAGGGGUCUACAUCGCCAACAUCCUGCCAGGGAGCCCUGCAGCAAGAGAGGGAAGCCUGGCCAUCGGUGACAGAGUGCUCAAUAUCAAUGGAAAGCCUGUGGAGAACCUGAGCAGCUGUGAGGAGGCUCAGGGCCUCCUGGAUGCUGCAGGGGAGGUGGUGCAGCUCACCACAUUCAAGUCCCAUGGCUCCUCCACUCUGUCAGCACCUCUCAGCUCCUCCUCCAGCGGCCACAACAUCACCGAGGACGACAAGUCAACGUCACCAUCGCGGCCGUACUCCUCGCCCACCUCGCCUUCCAAGGACUCCGGCGUCGGCCCUGGCCAGUCUGGAAGCCGGGAGCUGAUGAAGAAGCUGGUGCCCGGGUCUGGCGGCAUCCAUAGCGAGGAUGGCGGUGGCAAGAAGUACGGAAGCAAUGAGAAGGUGUACAACGUGACCAAAGUCACGGGAGAGAAGGGGUCGGCCUCGGGGCCGCUGGACCUCAUCAAGAACAUGGUGCGGCCCAGAAGACACAGCAGAGAGCGGGUGGACGGCCGCAGUGGCAGCCGGGACAAGGAGGAGAAGAAGAAACUGGUCUCCUCAGUGCUGGACCACGAGACAGAGAGUGCGCUGGCCCAGCUGGACUCGGUCAACAACCUGUACCACCACAAGAGCGGCAGCAAUGGUGGCACCAGCACCACCAAGCGCUCCAAGAAGCGCGAGAAGGAAAAGUCAGGCGGGACAUGGCCAAAGUACAAGGGUGCAGUGAGCAGCAGCUGGGAUGCUGACACUGGCACGGUGGUGUAUUCACACCACAAGAAGGAGCGUGGUCAGAUAUCUGUGUUCCUGCCGUCCUUCAACGCCUCGCCGUACAGGGACGAGUCCAAGCCGUACGAGCUGUACCACCAUGACGCUCACCUCAACACCCGGGGCAUGGCCGCCUCCCGUCCGCCGCCUACCAGCCCCCGCAGCCCACAGUUCACCCUGUACAAAGGCGUGGACAGCGGCGACAUCAAGUCUUGCUCUCACAGCAGCGCAGUGCAGGUCUUCACCAACACACAGUCCAGCGAUGGCGCCUACCCCAGCCAGGAGGUGUACAGCUCCUCUGUGGACAGGAAGAAUGACGACACAGAGAGAGGAGACCGCCUCAGCUCUCUCACACCCUCCGACAACUCUUCCAUCGACCUCUCCGUCAGGUCGGGCAACAUGGGUAAGGCAGAGCUGGAGUACUACGUCAGGAGGAACAUUAUCAAGUACCCGCAGAGAGACAGCGAGUCCAACAUGAGUCCUGUUGACCCAAACCCACCCCAGUCCAUCAGCCUCCCUCCCUGCUAUGGAACAAGACCCACCUCCCUCCACCACGGGGGGGACUGCACCCCCACCCACUCCCGCGUUCCUCACCCACACGCCAGCCUCUACUCUCCGCCCCUCGGCAGCCUCCAGUCGCCGCCGUCCUUCCCGCAAUUCACACCAGUGCCACACUUCUCCCUCACACACACACACACGUACCCACACAACACCAUCAGUUCCUCCGUGAGUGCCGUCUCCACACGCUACUCCUCCCCCCCCACCCACUCCCUGGUGCACUCCAACCUGCUCUCUUCAUCUCGCAGCGGCGACAGCAUCCUGCCCACCUCCGGGCCGGACCGCGACCUCAGAGACAGAAUAUACUACGAUAACCGCCACACCUCCUCCCCGACCCCCAUAGGAGUGAUAGGCACAGCCGGCAGCGGCACCUUCUACCACUCCCCCUCACCCUCCUUUGAGUUCUCGGGUCACCACAAACCACGCACCAUCCACCGCCACCCCUACCGCGUCGGAUCAGAGGAGCCCCCGCCCCUGCCCCACCACUCCUGUCCCCCUCCCUACCACAACUCCCAGCGCUCCGUCAUCGGCACCAUGCCCCGCAAGGAGGACGAGAGAAUCAGAAUACCGAGCAACGCCAGCGUGGCCAGCAAAAGCAGCGGCGGGAAGGGCAGCAGCAUGGAGAACUCAGAGAGGAGUUCGCCAAUGCCACUGAGCUACUCGGUGGAGAUGGUGGGUGGCGGCAGCAGCAACAGUUGCAGCAAGGGCCUGCCACACAUCACCCAGAUCAGCCACUCCGUCAACAGUCCACACUACCAGGACUACCGCAAACCAAACCCCGGUGACCUGCGGAACAUCCACAUUGAGAAGUCUUCCCAGCAGCUUGGCAUACAGAUCCGCUGCCUGGAGAGUGGCGGCGUGUACGUGUCGUCCGUCACCAUCAAUUCCUUGGCCUCUCAGGUUGGACUGUGUGUCGGGGACCAGCUACUGGAGGUGUGCGGCAUCAACCUGAGGUCCGCCACCAAGCAGUCGGCCUCCAUGGUGCUAUCCCAGUGUGGCACCUCCGUCACCAUGCUGGUCCAGUACAACCCGGAGAAGUACCACGAGGCAGACUGCUGGGAGGGCAGCAGCAGCGAGGGCAGUGUGGAAGGCUCCUGGGUCGGCACUCCCACUCCCCGCAACUCCCCCAAGCCCUCCUCCCUGGACUCCCAGCACCCCGUGGAUGACGAUGACCUCCCCCCUUCCACCACCUCCACCCUGCGGGGACCAUUGGAUCUGAGGGACACCCUGGACCACUCGCUGCCCCCAUCUGCCCGCUCCACCCUCACCCGGCCCGAGAUAGCACACGUUAUGAGCACGCUGAAGCGGCAGGACACUUUCUCCAGGCAAAGCGACAACAGCUGCAGCGGUGGCGGCGGCAGCGGCGUCACCAGCAGCUCGGUCGCGGGGGGCAGCAGCAGUGGCGGGGCUGUCAGCGGCGGCAACAGCGGCAGCAGCAGCAGCAGCGGGGAGCCUCGCCUGGUGUACCUGGAGCUGAACAAGUCGCACAACCUCGGCAUCCAGAUGGUGGGUGGGAAUGCUCUGGGAAUCUUCAUCCAUGCCGUGCCACCAGACUCCCCCGCUGCCCGCGCUGGCCUGCGUCCUGGCGACCACAUCUUGGAGUACAAUGGGGUGGACCUGCGCCACGCUACCGCAGAGCAGGCAGCCUUUGAACUCGCCAAGCCAGCUGACAAUGUGACAAUGCUGGUCCAGUACAACUACCAGAGAUAUGAGGAGAUUCAGGACCAGCCGGGCGACAGCUUCUACAUCCGAGCAAAAUUUGACCGGCUUGGGGAUGCCGGGGACCCGUCAGACCUGAGAUUCCGCAAGGAGGAUAUCCUGUACGUGGACAACACAAUGUUCAACAACGUGCCGGGGCUGUGGCGUGCCUGGGUGGUGGACGAGGACGGACACAAGCGACAGUGGGGCACUGUGCCAAGCAAAGACAAGGUGGAGGGUGAGAUGCGGCUCCAACGCAGCAUUGGGGAUCUGCAAAUGGAUUCCUCGCGCCGGGGCUUCACCUCUGCCCGCCGCUCAUUUUUCAAGAGAAAGAAACCGUCGCGCUCGUCCUCCAGAGACUCCAAGGAACUGGCGAGCUUCUCCGACGCCUCGCUCAACUCCUACACAGAGACGACACCGCUGCAUGAUGACCUCUGCCCUAACUCCUAUAUUCGGGUGGAGAGACUUGACUACUUGGUGCGUCGGCCGGUGGUGAUUGUGGGGCCACUGUGGGAGCUGGUGUGUGACAAGCUGUGCCAUGACUACCCACACAACUUCACCAGGUGCGUCCCCGAGGUCAGCAGACUCUCGGCUAAUGAACUGGAGGAAGGCGUCCAGAAAAACCUGAUUGUGGACUACAGGCGGCGAGGGUCACACUUUGAGGCCACCACUGUCAGCCAAGUGAAGGAGAUCUGUGACAAGAGUUGCCAUGGCAUCCUGGACAUCAGCCUUGCCUCUGUGGAACGCCUGCACCGCCACAACAUCUAUCCCAUCGUGCUGCUGCUCAAGUUCCGCCACCACAAGCAGAUUCGGGAAGUGUGUGAGUCCCACCACCCUCCUGCCGAGCGGAUAUCACAGAAGGAGGCCAAGGAGAUGUUUGAGCUGGCGGCAAAGAUGGAGCAGGAGUACAAACAUGUCAUCUCUGCGGUGACCACAGCUGCUGUCAACCUGCCCUACACAAGCACACAGGUGAAGGCGUGUGUGGACCAGGAACAGUCCAAGACUCUGUGGGUGCCGUCGGGAAGCUUAUGAAACAGGGAGCUGUGCACCAAUGGGAUCACUGAUGUCUGCCCUCACCAUUACCUGCAACUCACUACUCUAAUAUAGCUGUGUGUGUGUGUGUGUGUGUGUGUGUGUGUGUGUGUGUGUGUGUGUGUGUGUGUGUGUGCGUGUGCGUGCAUGCUUGCGUGUAUUAAACACAUGCACA